GCAGUUCUCGGCCCCUCCCGAAGCCCUAGGAGAGCAGCUCCCUGCGGUGGCAGAAGCAGGGGCUGCCCCGCUGAGAGCACAGCCUGGCCCCUCCUGCCUUUGGCGGCUGUGCUCGCGGGAAGAGGCGCUCGAUAAAGUUAGAUUUGAAUAGCCAGGAGUCAAGAUGGCAGCCUGCGUGGGGAAAGCGGCAGCAGGGCUUCUUAACAGAUUGAAAACUACAGCACCCACAGUACGGACUUUAUCAGUGUCUCACACCUUGACUCAAAAAGUUCCAUGCUCUUUGUGGAAACUGGGGCGACUCAAUCAUGUAGCAAUUGCGGUACCUAAUUUGGAGAAGGCCCAGUCUUUUUACAAGAGUGUUUUAGGAGCCCAGGUGAGUGAGACAGUUCCUCUUCCUGAACAUGGCGUCUACACUAUUUUUGUGGAGCUGGGAAACACAAAGCUAGAACUGCUGCACCCUCUGGGAGAAAAAAGUCCAAUUGCAGGCUUUCUGCAAAAAAACAAGGCUGGAGGAAUGCAUCAUAUCUGCAUUGAGGUUGAUGAUAUAAAAGCAGCUAUGACAGAACUGAAGGAAAAGAAGAUCCGAAUAUUGAGCGAAGAGCCCAAAAUAGGGGCGCAUGGCAAACCAGUGAUUUUUCUCCACCCUAAAGAUUGUGAUGGCGUCCUUGUAGAACUUGAGCAAGCCUGAGCUGUAAUUCUGAAAGAUGAAACCAUGAACUAAUUGCAAACCUAAUGAGAUGGUGUUGGAAUUUGUAUUAUGCCUUGCACCGUGUAAAAGUCCAUUGUACUUGAUUCUUGCUUGUUGAUUAAAUGCAUUACAGCUGUUAAGUUGUGAAAUGUGGGGAAAUAACACUACAUACAGGAGGAAGCUAAAGCAGUGUUAACCCUCCUAGUCAUUUGGGGCUAUGACUUUUGUUUUGUUGUUCAGACCUUCAAAAAUAAUAUAUUUAAAUGUGUUUGGAUUCCAUUAGACUAUGAAUUCAAAUAGUAACAUGAGCUGAGGUACAUAUACAAGAUAUAGUCAUUUAUUUUGUUAUAUCACAGUUUGCAGCAUAAUUUUUAUAUAUAGAUUUCUAGGUUACCCCAGAUAAUUUUGCUCUAUAUUACCCACUUCUAGAUGAUAAGAAGAUGGCUCAGAUAUUCCUGUAAGAAAGAAGUCUACAAGAGAACAUUUUAUUUUCUGUCUCCACCAUUAUAAGCAUUAUCUAAGCUUCACAUUGAUUGGUUCAUUCAAUUAUAGGAUCCUUGUGUUAUUGUAUGGAUGUCUGCGAUCGCUAAGCAACUGUUCUCUAUCAUAACAAUUGCUGCCAAGAAAACUGUUGUUUCUAAAUCACCGUUUUGUAGCUUUAUGUAUUUUAUGUAUAUGAAAAAAAAUCAAGAUUGAUAGGGGAAUAAUUGGUUUAUUUUAAAUAUACUGGGUUACCAAAUGCUUAUUUUGUUUUAGUUUUGUCAGCAGAUAUAUCUCUGAUUUUUAAAUUUAGCCCAUACAGAUUUAUUCUGUUUUCUUCCUAAUUGAUCUCAAGUGCCUGCACUGAAACCUGACUCUUAGGAAAAUAUCUGGGACAUACAAAAAAAGGCUAGUGAUUAAUAUUUAAAUUUAUAUUUUGUUUUCCUAUACAAAAACAUUUUCAAGUGCUAUCUUAUUAAAAUUUGUAUGAAUUUUUAUUUUAACAAGAGAGCCAUCUAGGUCCUGAUGCUGCAAAUACUAACUUUACAUCUGUGAGUAGUUCCACUGAAGUCAGUGAGACUACUCAUGUUUGAGUGUUUGCUAGAUUGGGACCAUAGUUUAUAAGUUGCCAAAUCCUUUUCACUUUAUUCUCAAGAAGGCUCCUGUUCACUUUAAUGAAGCUAAUCAUAUGAGUAACAUAAACACCAGUUGGCUCAAUCUCUUCUUUUACAUUUUUUUUUGAGGUGGGGGGAGAGGGCAUCUACAGCAGAAAUAGAAAUUGCAUAUAUGAAGGCCACAUCUCUGAAUGUUAAAUAAAUAAUAAAGAUCUUUAAAGGA